AGAGGCCUUUGAAAUUGUUGUUCGCCAUGCCAAGAACUAUACCAACGCCAUGUUCAAGAAUAACUACCCCAGUCUGACUCCACAAGCUUUUGAGUUUGUCGGUGAAUUUUUCACAGAUGUGUCUCUCUACAUCUUGGGUUCUGAUAUCAAUGUGGAUGAUAUGGUCAAUGAAUUGUUCGACAGCCUCUUUCCAGUCAUCUAUACCCAGAUGAUGAAUCCAGGCCUGCCCGAGUCAGUCUUAGACAUCAACGAGUGCCUCCGAGGAGCAAGACGUGACCUGAAAGUGUUUGGCAGUUUCCCCAAGCUUAUUAUGACCCAGGUUUCCAAGUCACUGCAAGUCACUAGAAUCUUCCUUCAAGCCCUGAAUCUCGGAAUUGAAGUUAUCAACACUACCGACCACCUCAAGUUUAGUAAGGACUGUGGCCGUAUGCUCACCCGAAUGUGGUACUGCUCUUAUUGCCAGGGACUGAUGAUGGUUAAGCCUUGUGGUGGCUAUUGCAAUGUGGUCAUGCAAGGCUGUAUGGCUGGUGUGGUGGAGAUCGACAAGUACUGGAGAGAAUACAUUCUGUCUCUUGAAGAGCUCGUGAACGGCAUGUACAGAAUCUAUGACAUGGAGAACGUGCUGCUUGGACUCUUUUCUACCAUCCAUGACUCCAUCCAGUAUGUGCAGAAGAACGGAGGCAAGCUGACCACCACUAUUGGCAAGUUGUGUGCCCACUCCCAGCAACGCCAAUAUAGAUCUGCUUAUUACCCUGAAGAUCUGUUUAUUGACAAGAAGGUAUUAAAAGUCGCUCAUGUCGAACAUGAAGAAACCUUAUCCAGCCGAAGAAGGGAACUGAUUCAGAAGUUGAAGUCUUUCAUCAGCUUCUAUAGCGCUUUGCCAGGCUACAUCUGCAGCCAUAGCCCCGUGGCCGAAAAUGAUACCCUGUGCUGGAAUGGACAAGAACUUGUGGAGAGAUACAGCCAGAAGGCGGCAAGGAAUGGGAUGAAGAAUCAGUUUAACCUCCAUGAGCUGAAAAUGAAGGGCCCUGAGCCAGUGGUUAGCCAGAUUAUUGACAAACUGAAGCACAUUAACCAGCUCCUGAGAACCAUGUCUGUGCCCAAGGGUAAGGUCCUGGAUAAGAGCCUGGAUGAGGAAGGAUUUGAAAGUGGAGACUGCGGUGAUGAUGAAGAUGAGUGCAUCGGGAGCUCUGGUGAUGGGAUGAUGAAAGUGAAGAAUCAACUGCGCUUCCUUGCAGAACUGGCAUAUGAUCUGGAUGUGGACGAUGCUCCAGGGAACAAGCAACAUGGAAAUCAGAAGGACAACGAGAUCACCACCUCUCACAGUGUGGGGAACAUGCCGUCCCCACUGAAAAUCCUCAUCAGUGUGGCCAUCUAUGUGGCGUGCUUUUUUUUCCUGGUGCACUGACUUGCCAGUGUCCCAG